CACGACAAAUUCAUCAUGUCUACGGUCAGUGUUGUAUCAAAUUCGUCGGUGGACGUUGAUUCCGAUUCGUCGAGCGAAAUGAUGCCGGUGAUGACGGACAGCGGUGACAGAGAUCAGAAAUUUAUACUACCGAACGAACUGUACAAGAGCCUGCUCGCCAGUGCGGUGCUGGGAAAGACGGUUCUCAACAGAAAUCUCAAUCUUAAAGAUAACCUGGCCAAUCUGAAGGACAAUCUAAACGCUCUCGGUGCUCUCAAGGAGUUGAAAGAUUUGAAAGGAUUAACGGUCAGCAGUGUUCCGGCAUUUCCGAGAAACUUGGCGCUGCACAGAGAAGAUCAUGACGAGAAAGCUUCCUUCGCAUGGUCGGAAGGGGGUGAGGAGGGUGGAGGGGGUGGCGGGGGUGGCGGCGGAACCGGAACCACCGGGGGUCCAGGAGCUGGGGCCGGCACUGGUGGCGGGGGUCUGGCCCAUUGGGUCAGUGUCAUGGCGGAGCACAUCCACAACCCUCAUGGCACGACCGGCGUCGGAGGUGUUCAUCAUCAGCAGCAAUCGCCACCCCAACCGCCGUAUCCCUGGAACAACGGGAUUCCAGCGGACCAAUGCAAUCCUCACGAGAAAGACGGAGAUUAUUGGGGCGGCGGACGCACCGCGAAACAAGGCUACGAGCACUUUUUGUUACAGGCCAAGAUGAACGCCGAUCACAAUCAGCUGCAGAAAGCAGAUGAUCAGUAUCGAGGAGCGGGCGGAAGCAGCAGCGGAAGUCCGCCUGCGAGUCUGCUGGUUGUGCCGCAGCCUCUGACCGUCAAACCGUCUCAUCCGUCUCAUUUGAAUCCGCACCUCGGAGGUCCGCAUUCGCAUCCCCCGCGAAAAUAUCAGUGCAAAAUGUGCCCGCAGAUAUUCGGGAGCAAAGCGGACCUGCAACUUCACACGCAGAUACACAUGCGAGAGGCAAAACCGUACAAAUGCACGCAGUGUUCUAAGGCGUUCGCGAACUCGUCGUAUCUGUCGCAGCACACGAGGAUUCACCUCGGCAUAAAACCGUACCGAUGUGAGAUAUGCCAACGAAAAUUCACCCAGCUGAGCCACCUUCAGCAGCAUAUCAGGACGCAUACCGGUGACAAACCGUACAAAUGCAGGCACCCUGGAUGCACGAAGGCGUUUAGCCAACUGAGCAACCUCCAGAGCCACUCGAGGUGUCACCAGACCGAUAAACCGUACAAGUGCAACUCGUGCUACAAGUGCUUCUCCGACGAGCCAAGCCUCCUCGAGCACAUACCGAAGCACAAGGAGUCGAAGCACCUCAAGACGCACAUAUGCCAGUACUGCGGCAAGAGCUACACCCAGGAAACUUACCUGGCGAAGCACAUGCAGAAGCACGCGGAAAGGACGGACAAACGUCCGCCGAUAAUCGGCAGCGGCCUCAGGCCCUCGAUACACGCGAUGUCCCACCACCAGGACCACUACUGGCCGAAGGUCAGUCCGGACUCGAUGAUAUCCGACCUGCACGAGCGGCUGCCCCAUCACCACACGGAAUAUCACCAGAACCAGAAUCCGGACAUGAUCCUGCCCCACGGACACAGGGAGUCGAUCGAGAACGACUCGCGGCAGCAGACUCCGCAGCCCGGAAACCACCCGAACAGCUCGUCGGCGUUCACCCCGAUAUCGUCAAUAUCCAUAAACUCCAUAUCGUCGAUGCAGCACCCCCUGAACCCCCUGAACCACCUCCACUACCCCGGGAGCCAUCAUCCCGCGUCCAGGCCCUACCUCUACGAGGCGUUCAACCCCCAGAAGUCCUCGCCCACAUCGUCGGCCGGCGUGACUUCCGGCACGACGAGUAAUCAGAACGCGACUUCCUUCCCGAAUCAGCUGAUCAGCUUGCACCAGAUAAGGAACUACGCUCACCAACCGAAUCUUGGCAACCUGAGUAACCUUGGCAAUCUUAGCAAUCUUAGCAACCUGAGCAAUCUUAGCGCAACUAUGGAAAAUCACAACCUUCUCGGUGGGCUCAAGGAGAAACAGUAACUCACGGAUUCGGCUUAGCUCAAACGACGGCGAAACCGUCUUACGAUGUAAUAACGUGCAGGACGUAGGUAUGAUUGUCAUUUAUUUUUCACCCUCUUCGUCGAGGGUGACGAGCAGUUGUGCAAGCCGUAGUACGUCUUGGACAUUCCAGAACGAUCGUCGUGGAUAUUUUUAAUUGCCUUUGCUUUUUUUUUUUUGUUUUUUUUUUUACCACACCCUUUUUUAUCGAACCCACGAUCGUUCAUUCACACUGAUACACUUCACCGAUUUAGCAAGAAUAAUGUAAAUGCGUUUUUUUUUUUUUUACGUUAAAUUUUUGUAAACUUUGUUGCUAUUUUUUUUUAUUUAUUUUUAUUUUUUUUCUCCAACCUUUUCGGUAAAUCUACUUCGUUUCAUUCUCACGCGUAUACAUAAUAUAGAGAUCUCCGUAGAAUUAUGAAAACAAGGACGAGCAACAGUACUUACCAUACCAAGAAAGUAUAUAUAUAAGGAGGGCAGGUAUCUUCCGGUGUUGAUAAUGGAAGAAGUAUAAAUAGGUAUCUAAAUACUAUAGAUAGUUGAAGGCGAGGGACACGAGUAACGAGAGUGGAAUUGAUUGUGUUGAAAAGAAGGUCGAGGAGGGAGGAAGGGAGGGAAAUUCGUUGAAAUUACGAAAAUAAGUGUCUCAUCGCGUUGGCUCGGUUCUACCUGGCACCUGUACCGAAACUGCUUUGCCAAAUUUGAAUUUUGGUAUACACGUUGAAAAAAACGAUAUCUAGAAGGGCGCAAUAAAUUCAAUUCGUGUGCGAGCGAACGUGCGUUUGAAAACAUCUGCGAGGAAAAGGAUGAAGAAGACGUAUAGCGUAGAUUAGAGUUUGACUGCAUGCGGGAAGGAAGUAAAAUAAUUUGGAUAAGGAUAAAAGAAAGGAAGGGAGAAAAGUAAAACUAUGGUGUUGAACACAAAGUGGUAUGCGAAACCUCUUGUAAAUAGCUAUUAUAUAAAUAUAUAAAUAAAUAUUAUAUAUUAUUAAUUAAUUAUUAUAUUAAUAGGUGUGUAAGGUAUAUGAUAUAGACGUAUAAUACAAUUAUAAGUACCUACCAUUAAAGGCAAAGAAUAAGAAACCGUGUCCAUUAUUACGAAUUCUGAAAGACUUUAGGAUGAAUACAUUGCAACGUCGAAAGAUCCGGCAGUCAACUAUUGGCGAUUGAAUUUAUCAUUUUUUUAUUUUUCGAACUCUAGGUAUACCAUUACCUAAUCAAUUAUUUCAUCAAUUGAAUAAUUAUUGUUAUUGACUCAACGGUUUUAGUUUCCUUUAUUUCGUAUCUGUAUUUAUCAAACUAGGUUUUGUUUAUUUUCUUCCCUCGUUUGAAUAAUUUGAACAGGUGCGUAUAUGGUGUGUAUCUAUAAUUUCUCGUCAAAGUUGGCCGCAGGGAUGAGUAAACGGCAAACAGUACACAAAACUUGGACAAAACCAAGCAAAUGAAGAAGAAAAACCAACACACGAACACGCAAACACACGUACACAAUGUAGAUCUUAAGCGAAGAAGACAAAAGAAACGAAAAAACACUGUAGAUAAUUUCUUGUUAUGGUGCAUAUAAAAUACGGUGGGUUUUGUUAUAUAUACAUAAUUAUACGACGAGGAAUCUGAAUUAUAUUUUAUAAAAAUUAAUUCAGUCUCCUCUUCCUCCAUUGUAUGUCCAUCGUUGCGCCUCACCUGUGCUCAAGUUGUUUAUUAUUAGUUUGUUAUUAAGAAAGUAUAAUAUUAUCUAUACCUAUAUUAUUACGAAAUAUUAUAUGUAUAAUCACUUUUUGGGUUAUUUUUUUCCUAAUUAUUUCCGAAGAAUAAAAAAAAAACACG